AUGGAAACAUCAAAAACUCUCGUCCCGCCAGGUCGGCCCUUUCUACGACGGCUGUCCUCCAUGACUGCCACCGAAAAGCAGAUCAAGGAAGGAGGACCGGUGGUCAUUGUUCCCGAAAGGUUGAUGGAAGACACUCGGAUCCAAUCACAGAAUGGAUUUGCUGCUUCAAUGGAAUCUGCUAGAAACGAGCUGGCAGCUCUCAAUUUAGAAUAUUACGAUUCUCCACCAUCAUCAGGCUCCUCGAGUCUAACUGGGUCUCCUAAAAAUCGGGCCAAUCUUGCUACGGCAGAUUCGUUUGCUUUUGCCUUUGAUAUUGACGGUGUUCUGGUUCGUGGAGGACGGCCGAUCCCGGCGGCCAUUGAAGCCAUGAAGGUGCUUAAUGGCGAGAACGAAUAUGGAAUCAAAAUCCCAUAUAUUUUCCUAACAAAUGGAGGCGGUAAGACAGAAGCAGAGAGAUGUAUUGAUCUAUCCCGUCAGCUUGACAUUGAAGUCUCUCCUUCUCAGUUCAUCUGUGGACAUACUCCCAUGCGGGAAAUGGUAGAAAAAUAUCAAACAGUGUUGGUAAUAGGUGGUGAGGGUGAAAAAUGCCGAGAGGUUGCCGAAGGGUAUGGAUUUCGAGACGUAGUGACUCCCGGCGAUAUCAUCAAAGACAAUGAAACUACGACACCAUUCAGACGCCUCACUGAAGAAGAGCGGAAAAAUUCCAGGAAACGUGACCUCUCUAAGACAAAAAUCGACGCAAUCUUUGUUUUCGCUGAUAGCAGAGAUUGGGCUGGUGAUAUUCAGAUAAUGUUAGAUCUUGCCAUGUCCAAAGGAGGCUACAUUGGCACACUGUCAGAAACCUACGAUGAAGGGCCAACUAUCUACUUCUCACACAAUGAUAUUGUCUGGUCUGCAGCCCAUGACAAUGUUCGUUUAGGAAUGGGUGCUCUACGAAAAAUGGUUGAGAUGUUGUUUAGAGACUUGACAAAGGGCAAGGAACUUGACACCAUUGCAUUUGGAAAGCCACAGAUAGGUACAUUCGAGUUUGCCACGCGUCUAUUACAGCAGUGGCGAAAAGAUGAACACCGUAUCAACCGACCUCCGGAGACAGUCUACUUUGUCGGGGAUACACCUGAGAGCGAUAUUCGAGGUACAAACAUGUUCAACGAAAAAUCCAAGAAUGAUUGGUAUUCUAUUUUGGUACGCACAGGUGUGUACCAAGAAGGAACUGAACCGGCAUAUAAACCACGCGUAACAGUUGAUACGGUCCUCGAUGCCGUCCGGCACGGCAUGAAACGAGAAUUUGCUAUGGUUGGGAAUCCGGACCAGGUGAUUUAG